CUCCCCGCUGACUCACUUUAACAUUAAGAAGUGGUUGACUUGGUGUGUCAACAGCUACUCGCAGAGCUUCGCAUAACCCAGAGGAAAAUGUGGCGUAAGGCGGUCCCGGCUCCACACAAGAAGCGAUGAAAUGACUCCGCUGAUAUUUAUUCUACUUUUUUCUGUCAGGAUUAAAGCUUCAGAGCUUCCCGGUAGAGCAGCAUGUCCUUAUCAGCGGCCACAGUCCCUCUGCUGAUUUUACUUCUCAUAUCCAUCGUCUCCACCGUAUCAGGGGCCCAGAGGUUGACUUUUACUCCCGAAGAUGGCACGACCAUAAACAUCCGAGGUAAUCAGGUCAAAGGUUGCAAAGUGUGUACGGGAUCAGGACAGGCAAGAAAAUGCAAUACAUCUCUGAAUUCAUUAAAAGGACACACUGUGUCAGUGGAGUUUGAAUGCUCCCGGCCUGAAGAUGUAUUCAGUAUAUCAUUUGUGCGACAUAUAGAAUGCACCACGAAGUCGUGCAGUGGCCACAUCGUCCAGGCUGACUCCAGCUCAGUUAAUCUGCUGCGUUUUAACCGCACGUUUACCUGGAAACUAAAGGCCUCGGAACCGAAAGCUUUCAAAAUAGAUUUCACCAAGACGGGUCUUAAACAGAUCAGUCCAUCUGGGAAAUGUCCAGACAGACACACCUACACCCUCCAGGCUUUCGCCGGCAAUGUGACUGUGGGGAAAUACUGCAGAAUCGGCACCAUCAGCAGUGUUCAGAUACUGAAACAGGGCAGCUUUUCUGUGGAUGUCCCAGCAGGGCAGAAGCUGCAAAAUGACAAGUUUAAUGUGACUGUGGGGGACGAAAUCAAGUCCUUUGCCCAAAUUUCUCUGACAUUACCAAAAGGGACCUCAUCCUCAGAGCUGCUCUCACCCAACUACCCAGAGAGUUUUCCUGAUGACAACCUCAUGGAGUGGCACUUUCAGGUCCCAGACAAACACAGGGCUGCUGUUCAGUUUCUAAACCUCACGCAGACAGAUUGUGUAAAGAAGGAAGCAGCAGUGGAGUACCGCCGUAACGGCAGAGAGGCAUCAGUUCUGAGACUGAUGGACACCCAGCCGCCCCAGAACCAGGGAGACUUUCUGCUCACACUGAGAAACUGCAAAAUGGGCAAACUUGCUGGUACUCCUGGGCUCUCCUUCAACCUCGAGGUGUCUGCUUACAGGCCAGAUUCAACAGUGUGUAAAGUGGAUGUCAGCAGAAUGGAGGGGCUAUCUCUGCACAUUUCUAAGCUGAGACCGACCCCUGACUGCGUGAUGAAAAUGAACUCGUUGGAGAAAGAGGACAUCACAGUCACAUCAAGCGCUAAUCUGUCUUUUGAGGGCUGCUUACCUGACGACUUGCAAAUCACAGCCACCCAAGUCAUAGAUUGUAGUCUUCUUAAAUGCCCAACAGCUCCAGUCCAACUGUUGGUGCCUCUGCUGCCAUCCUGCCUCCCCACCCCUCUGAGCCGCGUGAUGUGGACUCUCCGUCCUAAUCAGCACGGCACCGUAAAGCUGACCUCUCCUACUGGGCCCCUCAAACAGUCCCUACCUGGACAACUAUGCAAUGACAGUGUCCGUAUUGAAGUGGCAGAAGAGAAGGGAACUACUAUUGGAAGCUUCUGCCCUGAUGGAGCCAUACAGACAGUCCACAUCCACACAAGUGUAUCUAUCACAUGGCGGUCCAGCAUGGAUGCUAAUGCACUAAGAAUGUAUUACAAGCAUGUGUUGAAUGCCAGUUUUGAAAAGGAGAUUGCAGAAAGAUACAUAUUCACCGUUUCUCCAAAAAGAGACACCCCAGCGCUUGUGGCUACUCCACGUUGGCCAGCGGGAAUGAAGUCCUACUCCACCGUCUCCUGGAUUGUCUCAGUUCCUCCAAUGAUGGAUGCACAUCUGACAUUUACCAACCUCACCCAACCGAAGUGCAGCAACCGCCACACCAACAUCAGGGUGCAGAGAGUGGGCAGCCUCGAGGAAGACUAUAGCCGCAGGGAGGAUGAGAAGGCAGAGAGUGAGCUCACUGUCUCUGAGAACUUCUACCUCAACAUGUCCAACUGUCUGCCUGAAAGAGGAAACUUCAGUGUAAUUACCAAGAUCACCCUGCAGAAGAGCAAGAAUCUUCUCCUUACCAGCAUCCUGAGUGUGGUCGCUUCCCUGCUGGUCAUAGUAGUCUUGGUUGUGUCCUGUGUGGUGAUUUGGAAGAAGAAGAAUAAUCAGCUCAAUCAUGACGUCUCUGUCUAUAAUCCAAAUGGUAUCAACAUCCCGCCAAGAAACAACAGAUCCCCAAAAAUACAUGAAGACGAUGAGUCCAAUGUUUACACCUCCAUUGACGACACACUCGUCUACACGCACCUGCUGACAAAAGGUGCAGAAGUUGGCAUCUAUGGAGAAACAUGCCAACCUUUUCCAGGACACACAGACUCUCAGAAGGCUCCUCCGCUUCCCGUCAGGCCUCCGAACCAAAUCCAAACCCUGGUGAACAAUACAAUUUACCAGCCUGAGGACCAAAGUGAGGAUGAACAGCCCCCGAAUCUGGGGCCUCGGCUGGAGCCAGAGGGAGGGAACUGAGCAGGAGAUUGGAUUCAGCUUUUUGAUUUUACACUUGACCCACUUGAACUUUGUGAUAUUCAUUCCCUGGCAUCUGUGUGAUUGCUUGCUUUUCAGCCUCACAAGACAUCAUUUUUUCUGUUGAGUGCAGCUUUUGCACUAAAGUGGGGCACAAAAAACAGCCGUAUCCAAACCUGUCUGCAGCUGUUAAAGCGUUUUAUCUUAGAUUAAAUUUUGAAAGCAUCACUUCAUCAUUCCCUCUAUCUUUAGCCGCUAUAAAGAGAUCUUCUGUUUUCUUUCAGGCAAUGAAAAUGUUCCAUUUGGGAUAUUUUGUAAAUGCAUUAGUUAGUACGGAAGCUACUGUGUGCCAUUUUACUUGGUAGGUUUUUCAACUUUGUGCCUUCAGUUAUGAAAAUACAUGUGCUGCUAUCACUGUUGCAGUGUGCUGCAUUUUUAUAGCGUCAUCAGAGCACAAUGGCCUCGACUGCAACAGCAGUAUUUUAUAACAGCAUAUCUUUCUAUUGUUUAUUACUGCUUUUUUAUGAGCUAUUUUCUAGCUGUAGUAUCAUUAAACCAUAAAUGUGUCUUACAGAGAGGUCAGGAUUCUUUUCAGAAAUGGUUAUGGAUCUUAAAGCUGUUUCCAGACAUGUGUUACAGGGACAUUUGGAAUCAGGCAGUGCAGAUCUGUAAUCAGAGACCAUAUUUCACCAUUUGUUGCUGCAUCUCAUUGUAAUGAGAUGCAGCAACAAUGUACACAUUUACUUGCAGUAUGUCAGCAUUUAUUUAUUAGAGAGCU